UUCUGUAGUGACAUGCCCCCCUCGACAGCGCGAGCGGACGGCGCUAUUGUCAGACGGUAAACAAGUAGACAAGAGUACACAAGUGUGACGAGUGAACUAAUAAAGUGUUGAUACGAUUUAAACGAGAAAUCUAAAUCUAUUUAUUUCCGAAGUACCACAAAUCUGGCGACGAGGACAAACCGGAAGCAGCUAAUAUUGGUAAGAUUGAAAAAAACGAAAGAAAUAGUGUGUUUUGAUGAUGAUAAACUUUCGGCGAGCGCGUCACAUUUUUCCAAACAAAAUAAAAAACAAAAUGGCGUAUGGCAUCGAGCUAAUGUUGAUUUUUGGUUUGUGUUUCGUUCUUAGGGCAGAAACUAUCUGGCCACUGGCGGAAGGGUCUUGGAGACCGAGACUAUCAAAAGAAUCCGGCCACUGGCGGAAGGGUCCUAGAGACCGAGGCAAAAUUGGAAAUCCGGCCACUGGCGGAAGGGUCCUGGAGACCGCGAUAAAAACAGUCAUCCGGCCAUCGGCGGAAGGGUCUGAGAGACUGCAGCAAAAAAACAAGCAUCCGGCCAUCAGCGGAAGAGUCCUGGAGACCGUGGUAAUCAAGAGAAUCUAACCAUUCGCCACACCGUCGGCAAGUGAGACGCUACAGAGUCUGGAGCAAGGACGUACGCGGAAUGGAUAAGUGGAAUAUCCCCCCAUUUCAUUUCAAGGCACUGCCGAAAAGUCAGAUUCGCGAUGCUUGGAAACGUUACAGGAAGAAUUUUGAAUACGUGCAGUUGGCGAAUCGAGAAGCGAAUAAAGUUAGACUGAAGCACAUCUUCCUGGCUCUUGCGGGACCGGAAGUCCAAGAGGUGUAUGAGUCGAUCCCGGGAGCAGAUGUCGAACCAGCUGUCGGCAUUGACCCACUCGAGGUUGCUUUGAACAAACUGGAUGAGUUUUUUGCUGCAAAAUACCAUGACGCUUUUGAACGAAACGUAUUCUGGACCCUGAAACGUGAAACCGAAGAGCCCCUAGAAAAGUUCCUUUUCCGGGUGAUGGACACUGCCAAUAAUUGCAAUUUCGGGGCUACCAAUCAGGAAAGUCGUGAAAUUGGCAUUAUCGACAAGAUGAUUCUAUUUUCGCCACCCGAGCUAAAAGAGAAGUUGCUCGCCGAGGAGCGGCUCACGUUAGAAAGUCUGACGAAGAUCGUUCAGUCAUACGGAUCGUUGAAAUACCAAGUGAGCCAAUUUUCUGCUGCUGGAUUUCACACUAAAGACAUGGCAAGACCGGAAACAAGUCAAGAGGUGAACAAAAUCCAAACGCGUGCUCCGGUAGGCGAAUGUUUUCGAUGCGGACGGACCGGACAUUUCGGAUACGACGUAAAUUGUCCGGCCAAGAAUCAAAAAUGCAACAAAUGCGGGAAACUUGGCCAUUUUGCGAAGCGUUGCAAAACUCCUAAUAUAACUCGGCAGCAGAAGCGGAAAGCUGAAGCUCCAGAAGGAAGAAAUUCUAGAAUGAGGAUGGUUAGAACAAUCGAACAUUCCGACGCCGCUAUCACCGGUGCAGACACAAUUAAGCCUCCGGAAAGCUUCAUCUAUAACAUCGGAAAUGGUGAGGAGUUUCUUUGGGUCAAGUUAGGAGGGAUUCCAGUUCAAAUGCUGAUUGACUCCGGCUGCCAAAAGAACAUCUUAGAUGACAAGACGUGGCGAAAGCUGUUACAUGAAGGAAUAUCGGUCAGCAACUUACGUGGAUCCGACGACUCAUUUCGGCCCUACGGCGAAAGCUCAAACCCUCUAGUGGUAUGUGGAAUGUUUGAAAGCACCAUUUCGAUUAUGGAAGACUCGCGGCAGUUGCAGAAAACUGCCACAUUCUACGUUAUCGAUGGUGGAACUCAGCCGUUACUGGGAAGAACAACAGCCAUCGACAUGGGAGUGUUGAUCCUUGGGCUCCCCAGCACACAACCAGCGGAAGUGAAUCAACUAUGGAAAGAAGAGAAGCACCCAUUUCCGAAAAUCGCAGGUAUAAAAUUGAAAAUUUCUAUUGAUGAUAGAGUUGUACCAGUGAUUCAGCACGCACGUCGUCCACCCAUUGCUUUGUUGGGUCGAGUUGAGGAAAAACUGGCCAGUCUGGAAAAGAUGGACAUCAUCGAAUCGGUGACGGAAUUCAGCCCAUGGGUAUCUCCGCUUGUCGUCAUAGUGAAGGAUAAUGGCGAUUUGCGAUUGUGCGUGGAUAUGCGCCAAGCUAACCGCGCAAUCCAACGGGAAAGUUAUAUGAUGCCAACUUUCGAAGACUUUCUUCCACAGUUAAGCGAAGCUCGAUUCUUCAGCCGCCUCGAUAUCAAAGACGCAUUCCACCAAUUGGAGCUUGACGAAUCGUCACGUCACAUUACAACGUUUAUUACUCACAAAGGAUUGUUUCGGUAUAAACGUUUAAUGUUCGGGAUGUCGUGCUCCCGAACUUUUUCAACGAGUACUUGAACCAACCCCCCCGUAACUUGACAGAUGAGCUCAGUUUCGCGUACCUACUUGCAAAUCGCAGAUGUCGCUACUGUUCGUAAACAACGGGUCCAUCCUUCACUGACGCAACAAUUUUUGUCCAUGCGAAAACAUCUUUUUGUUUCGUGGUGAGUGGAAGCCAACAAGAGGCUAGCGUUUCGUAUCAAAAGGACGUAUUCAACAGAAGUUCAAAAACUAAUGUUCAUUAAAUUGAAAUUAUUUUGAUUUUUCUUUUUGUUGUUGUAAAAAAUGUAAUAAAAACACAUAUUUAAACGGUCUUCCAUAUUAAUUGGUGACUGUGCAUGCUAGACCAUACCGAAGAUCAAACUCGAAAAAAAAAUCUGCAAAUGAUUAUUUUUAACUUCCAUUUUGGAUUGGCCACCAGAUAUGUAGCUGUAAAAUGUUAGCAUAUAUAACCUAAUUUAUUACUUGCUGUUGCUUAAUAACCGCGCUAGAAGAAAACAUGAGUUUCUUAUUAAUUUUAUAAAAGCCGACUAUUUUGCCUUCACUUGUUUUAUAGAUAUAAUUUUCGCUUCUAGUAAACAAAUUCAUCAUGCCGCACUUAAUUUGCAUUUACCUGCCACAAAAAAGCGGAAACAACAAAUGUUUAAUGUUUUAAUAUUUUUUGUUCGGUUUGUUAUUGUCGGUUUUCGUCCCUAUCAAAAGUAGCGCUUGCCGCUUUGAAUCUGACAGUACCACCCGGACCAAAAUUUUUAGGUACGCUGACGUUGUUCGGCAGCUGUCAAGUAGCUCCCGGGUUGACUUGAA